AUGUAUGCUCAUUUACGUUCCGUGGUUAAGCCAAGAAGUGGAUUGUCCUCUUCGCUAUGUCGUAGAUGGAUUAAUGUGAAGACACUGACUACUCCCAAUGAGAAUGCUUUGAAAUAUAUCUCAACGGAUGGGGAAAUGUUGCAAGAUCGUGGUGCAAGCAGUAUAGAGAUCAAAAAUACCGAUGAGUCUUUGAUAAACCACUCCAAGAUAGCUCAACGAAUUUUCCUACAAUGUCCCGGAGUCGAAUCGCUCAUGAUCGGUGAUAACUUUCUCACUGUGAACAAGGACAGUAUGGUUCAUUGGAACCAGAUUACUCCCAAGGUUAUCGAGUUAUUGACACAAUAUUUAGCUUCGGGAGAGACUGCAGUUUCUGAUGAGUUCCACACUGUCAGAGAGAACAGUGACGUUGGGUACGAUGUGUCGGUGCCUACGUUCGAGCUAACAGAAGAGGAUGAAGAAAUCAGUGAUAUGAUUGAUGAGUUGAUUCAAACGAGGAUCAGACCAGCUAUUCAAGAUGAUGGUGGCGAUAUACAAUAUCGAGCAUAUGAUCCAAAGACGGGAACAGUUUAUCUAAAAUUGCAGGGUGCUUGUAAAUCAUGUUCUUCGAGCGAGGAUACAUUGAAAUACGGUAUCGAAUCAAUGUUAAAACAUUACGUUGAAGAAGUGCAGAACGUCGUACAAAUGCUUGACCCAGAAGAGGAAGUGGCAUUGAAGGAAUUCGAUAAGCUUGAGCAAAAACUGCAGUCUAAGAACGUUUGA